UCCGAGAGACCCCGAGUGGUUCAGAUUCUGUAUUACAUGGAUAUAGCUUGUAAUAAAAAAUCUGGAAAUCUCUAAAACGAUGUGUGACAAUUAAAUGAAAGCUUUAAUUACAAAGUGGAUUGAAGAUGGCUGAUGACGUCAAACGAUGCUGUAAAACGCAAGAGGAAAAUAUAGGACAAAUCUUUUUCAAUGGUACCUAAAUGGCCGUCAAAGUCCCCCUUUAUGUUAGUAGACAGCUUGUACCGCUUUAGAGGACUCGAGAUGGAUUUAAAGGGAAAGGUUUCAGUGGCAGGAAUAUGGAUAUUUUUAUUAUAUGCCACCACUGUGUGUGUUACUCGCGCCUUUAGAUUUCCCAAAACCUCCAGUCCCAUAAAACGAAAUUGUAGUUCAUUGUCACCAUGUAAAAGGGUGUUUCAGUUAACCUUUGCGGAGAAAGUUCGCAUUGACAUGCUAAAGAAACAUAUCAUGAACGAGUUAAACAUACAAGAUAACACGGUAAAAGGUUCUAAUAAUGGGAUAUUGAGGAAACAGCAGGACCAAAGUGUUCCUCCCAAACCUGAACCAGAGAGUUUCCUGCAGGAAAUGGCGGAAAUUGUCAGUUUCUCGGAAAAACCAGAGAACAUCUCGGAGCGAAAUGUCCUAUCAUUCACCAUUGACGUCAGUACCAAACCAAAACAAAUAGAAGCAGUGAGUGCACAUUUAUGGAUUCUCAUGAGAAAACGAAAACGAGGCAGGUCAAAGGGCAGAAAGGUCAUACUUCGAGUUAUGAAGGUACCCAAUCAGAAAGACGAGAAAUUUCACUAUCUUACAGCUUUAAGAACUAGGGUGAAAAAAUCAAGAUGGCAGAAAAUCAGCCUUCCGGUGACACUAAUUCAGUCAAUGUUAGAUUCCAAGGACAAAGCAUUAAAUCUACGGAUUUCGUGUAAAUACUGUGGUAGAAUGGUGCGUCCAGUAUUGUUUCGGAGGGAAGAUAAAAACCUGACAAUGAAAAACGGAAAGACACGAAGAGGGAAAAAACGACGACGGCGUCGGAGGCGCAUGCGUAACAGGAAAACCAAUGAGAAUAAUAGAAUUCAACCAUUUCUCGUAAUAAGUACUAGAUACCGGCAUACAUUUAAGAAAUCAUGAAAUCAUGAGUUAACUUCUUGAGAGACCAAAGUUUCCGACCAGCAUUGUGUUCACUACUUAAAUAAUAUAAUCACUGUGCGUAAUCACCUACUCAUGGGAGUCACGUGAUAAAGGGAGAUGGUAGUCACGUGAUAAAAGAAGAUGAACUCGCUGUCAACAACUAAGAAAAAAAAUUGACAUGAUAUUUACUGCCUGCAUUUUAUAAAGAGCUAGAGUGCGUGAAUGUACAUGUAUAUCAUUUCAACAUCCAUAUAUUCCCCAUAGUAAUUGUAUAUAAACAAAGGUAUUACAUCUGACUUAAUUAACUGGUAUUAUGUUCGAGCGAAGUAAGUUCUUACGAUAUUGGUUUUAAAUACCGUCAACCAAGUUCAAGUUCAAUUUAUUCACUCAAACCAAUUAAUGGUACAUGAGGUUCUAUGCACGUUAUAUACAAAAACAAUAUACAAGAUACACGUGAAAUGGCGGAAAUACAUUCAAAUUAUAGAGUAACCAAUAAUAAUAAUAAUAAUAAUAUAAUUAUGGAGGACAGACUUGUUCAUAUACCCUAUCUAUGUAGCUGCAUAGUUUGAUUAAUACCUUAGAGUCAGCAGUUGACAACAAUUCUGAGAAUUUGUAGAAAUUUGGUCUAUUACAAUAUUUACCAGGUAGAUACUUUUUUCUGCAUUCUGAGAAAAAUUGACAUUCUAAAAUAUAGUGAUACUCAUCUGCUAUUUGUCCAUUAUUACAGAUAUUACAGAGUCUAUCAUUUUUGGGAAUUCCAAACCAUCUCCCAGUCUCAACUGGGAGAUGAUGAUUUGCUGUUCUUAAUUUAAUUAAAAUUGUUCUAAAUUUUCUAGGGAGAAAGUCUAAAUAUUUUUCAAAUCCAAACUCUGUUUUGAAGAUACUAUACAUAUGACCUUUAGACGAAUCGCGCACAUCACUUUGCCAUUUCUGUAUGUACUGAUCUUUAAGACGUUGGUUCUUAUGAAAUUGGGUUCGUUGUGAAAACAAUAAUUGUAAAGUAAUACUUUACUUCAAAUUACUUUACUUUACUUAAGAAAAGCAUUUAAAAAUAUUAAUUUUUUUUGUAAUGUUUUAUUGAAACAUUUACUUUUCUGUAUACAAUAAGUAUUUGAAUAUUUUACACCCCAGUUUGUAUUUCGAAAG